UUCCGGCUCCCCAUGGCAUGCUAGCUGAAUAUCGCAGUUUCUCUUCUAUCUAGCCUUCCUUCUUCCCCUCUCGCCCUCUCUCCCACCUUGUUUACCGUUUUUGCGCGCGACCAGAGCGAGCCGCGAAAAUGGCGAUGCGAGGAGGCCCCCGUCUCCAGGUCGGGUCGGCGGCCUGGAUUGCCGAGGAGAGGCAGUCAGCGCUGAACAUCGCCCAAUCCGAGAUCGAGGAGUUUGCAUUUUCCGCGCGGAACGAGAUCGACUGGCUUAACGAGCACAUGGCUGAGAUCUUCUCCGAGAACCAAACAAACGUGGCGGAACUCUUCAAGACGCCUGGCAGAUUGCGCGGAAAGACUCCGCGGACGGCGAGGAAAGCCGAGACGGCGAGUGUCCGGGUGCCGCUCUCCGAUGUGUUUUCUGCCAACCCGAAAGGCGCGCCGAACCCCUUCGCCUUGUCGAAUCUGUCGCAGCCGCGAAGCCCCCCUUUCCGGAUUGCCGAAGACAUCCCGGAUCGUCCGGUUUCCCACCGCGAAAGCCCAGCCAAGCCUGCGGUGGUGCAUCCUCCGCAUCGGGUAGAGUCCCGAGCUGCCAUCUCUCUCGCGGACUCGGGCUACCAUGGAAGCCAGUCACAAGAUACGGCGCCCUUCGAGCAGUUUGAUAAGGAUAUUGAGAUGUCCGACGCUCCCCAGCGAGACCUGCCGACUUCGGACCCCGUCUUUCCUCCUCCGGGGGCGCUACCGGAGCAGAGAAGGCCGUCUGCUGCCUCUGUCGAACAGCAAUCCCCCCCUGCAGACAGGUGUCAGACGCAAGAGGGUACGGCAGAUUUGCCAGCCAAGGUUGCCCCGACCCCUUCGUCCGCCAUUGUACAGCAGAGCAGUCCAUUUGCCAGCAGAGCGCGUUUGCCGAUUUUGUCACCACGGUCACCUUCUCCCAAAACGACGUCCUCCCCACUUCGGCACUCGCCUCACAAGUCAUCGCCACCACAGAAAUCAUCUUCGCCUGAGAAACCGCGACCCGCAAGCCCACACAAGGGAUUCCCGCAACCCGCCAAGGAUCUCAAGGACACGGUACAUCAGGGCGGUGAUGUGGGCGACGAUGUGGCGGAAGCCGAUGAGGUUAGAUCACCGUCGGACUCGUCAAGCCCGAUCAGGCCGAUUGUGCGCAAGAGCAGCCUGAACUUCGCUUCCUUGCCGGCUCGUGAGCCGCUGGCUUCCAAGAAAAGCCUGGGCGGAGCUCGCAUCUCCAGGACAAGCCACUUGGACUUCAAUCGUCAGAGUUACUACGGCCGUCAAACAGGCGGGAAGAGCCUGGGCAGCGCGAUCCGCCAGGAGCCCCCAGAGGAUGACCACGAUGAGAUGGACGUCGACGAUGAGGUCACCACCCGUCACGAAGAUAUGGACGCGAAGUUGGCGGCCCACAGCAAGACCUAUACACAGCGAUUGCAGGAUCAGAUCAGCAUGCUCGGAAAGGCUCAGUCCAUUGGGCCACGGCCGUCAAAGUCCUUGGCAAACCUACUGCCUUCGCAGCCGAGUGCACCAGCUGCACAAAGUCAGUCUCAGUCGCAGCCCGCCCCAGAGGCCAGCAAGCCAUCGCCCAAACCCAAGCAUUCGGUCCCGGCUCCAGGUGCUUUUCCUGAGGACGACGAAGAUGACUGGAUAUCCCCACCUACUGAUACUGCGGCGGCUACCAGCAAUCCUCAACCACUGUCAUCAGAAGCACAUCACUCAGAUGUCGCCGGCGAUCUGGGCGGCGAGAGGACCACCGGCAACUCUGGAUUCGUGCUUCCGAAGAGCAGGCCGGCUUCCCCAGCGAAAACCCCCUUCAUGCCGGAACAUACCCCCAAGCACGGCAAGUCCGCGUCUGUUCCCGUGCUGCCGACCACCGAUCAGCUGGACGCAGACCAGGAAGAUGUUUCCCUGAAGAAGACUGUUUCCGUCUCCAAUCCGGCCCUUUCUACAGUCCCUGAAGACGAAUUUAGCUCCUCGCCGCCGAAGUCUCCCUCGCGAGGCUUCAGGGACAGCCCGUUGAAGCAGGUGAAGAACAAACUCUCGUCGCUGUUGAAGAGCUCCAAAGGCUUGAUCGCUAGCAGCGCAGCAAUCAGCGCCGAGGGAAAAUCGUCAUUGCUGCAGUCUCCCUCGACAACAAGACUCGGGUAUCACGCCGAGACCUCCGUCGAGUCCUUCAAGACAGCGGAGAAUGUUAUGUACCCAGAUCUGUCGCAGCAAGUCUCCGCCGCUUCCGCCCCCCUUAGCCCGGGGCGAACCAAUGGCUCGCGAAAGACCAGGGCCUCGGCCGAGAGGGAAAGACAAGAGGCCAAGGAACGAGAGAAGGAGGAAAAGGAGCGGGAAAGGGAGAAAGAGAGAGAGAUGAAGGAGGCCAAGCGUCUGGCGGAGCAGAUGGAGAAGCUCGAGAAGGCUCGGGAGAAGGAACGGGAGAAGGCUCGCGUUUUCAACCAGGAGCAGGAGAAGAUCGCGGCCAUGGAGAGGCAAGUCGCAGCGCAAAAAGAACAGGAGAGAGCAGCGCAGGCCCAGCCCCAACCCCAGCCGCAAGCACAAGACACCCGAACCCCCGGACCGGCGCCGAAGAAUGCAGUGAAGAGCGCAGGCAAGACCGCGAGAACCACCCCGCGGAAGACCAACGGGAAGAGCACCGCUGCUCCUUCGGAUGAUCUCGACCAGGAGAUGACAGAUGUCACCACUACAGUAGCCCCGCAGUCGAUUCCGCGUCCGACCACGGCCUCAUCCGUCCGGACAACGCAAACCAUCAAGCGGCCUGUGAAGCCCACGAAGGAGACCCUUGCCAAGUCGAAGCAGGCUCCGACGCUGAUCCGGGUCAACACCACAAGCUCCCAGCAGACCCAGUUUCACCCCUCGAACAGUGUGCUUGCGGCGACGCUCCACGACACUCUGGGCCAACAGCCUGGCUCCGCCAAACCGAUGAAUGGGAAGGCGAGCCAAAACUCCUUGCAUGGAAAGCCGUCCCUCCGGAGCCUCAAUAGCUCGGUCUCCUCCACGGGCCGCCCCAAGGCAUUGGAGUUGGCGGCCAAGCGGAAAGAACAAGAAGAGCGCGAGGCGCAGCGAAGGCGGGAGACGAAGCUCGAGAUCGAGCGCAAACGCGCCGCUCUAGAGGAAGAGCGCAGGCAAGAACAACAGCGGAGGCUCGAGACAGAGCGGCAGAAGGAGGAGGAACGGAAAGCGGCCCAGGCCAAGAAGGCAGCCAUUGAGAAGGCCAAGCAGACCAGGGCGCCCCCUCCAGCCGUUAGAUCGCAGCCGAACGGACCUCCGGAGUACAGCAUGGCAGACAAGGGGCCCGCGCGGCCACCCUCGCGGCUAGGGUCGACGAUGCAUCAAGAGGGUCGGCUUGUGAACACGGUCCUGUCCAGCACCGCCAAAGGGCCGUCGAAGCGGCCUCUUCAGCAGGACGCCGGCGAGGAGAGCUCGAGAGCCCAGCAGCAACGGGCUGCGCCAUCGUUUCCAGCCAAGGAGGCGAAACGAAUGCGCAUGAGCGAGGAGUUCGACGAGGAUAUCGACAUGGCGGAGAGCCACAACAAUCAGCGGAUCAUCAAAGAACCGCCUGUGCGGCCCUCCGCGGGGUUCAAGAAGGAUCUGCCGACAAAGUCCAUGUUUGCCAACGGCUCCUCCAACGCGCCGCCACCGUCGAGCGCGAGCAGAGAACUGUUCAAGUCCACGGUCAUGGCGGCGCAGCAAAGCAGCCACGCCAAAGCGGGCCAUCCGCUGGACAUGGCACAGCUGUCCAAGGGGGCGAUUCCGUUCGCUUCUUCGAAUGCCAGCCAAGCCGGGCCGUCGCACCACAAGACGCCCGCCCGGCCUGCAGCAGCCGGCGGCGGCGGCGCAAACCCCAAGUCGGCCAAGUCGGCGGCCCGGUCGUCGCCGCGGUUCCCGAACGGCGAGACGAUCGAGCUCCCGGACAUCCAGACGGACGACGACAGCGACGAGGACGACGGCGGGCACGUGGCGGUGGCGGCGUGGGCGAACUCGCCGGCGCUCCGGGCGGCGCUGCUGGCGCAGGAGCGCGUGGACCCCAUGCAGGUGUUCGGCCCGCCCGCGCCGCUCAACAUGGAGGAGGUGUUCAGCAAGUCCAAGGACCGGUGGCACAAGUUCCGCGCGCGCACCAGCAGCGCCAACUGGAGCGGCACCGACCGGCUCACCGAGGAGGACAUCCGGAAGGACCUCGCGGCUCGCGACAAGAUGCGCCGCGAGGGCGGCUGGUCUUAUGAGCUUGGUCGGGAGUUAUCUUAGGUUGUGUUUUUUUAGCCCCUGUUUCUGUAUGGGGCGAUGGGUAAUUUCGGGAGUGGGAGGAGUGUUUUGCUUGUGGUAUGGAUAUCGUGGGAUAGACACUUCGUGGUUGUUGUUUUUCUCUGGCGCAGUUAGCUUAUUGUGUGAGGCUGCUGGAGGUUGCGGGCAUAUCCAUAUUUGGCUGGAGGAUGUUGGCACAUGGAGAAUGGAAUGCAGGAAGGGCAUCGAUUGCGUUUCAAUAAUAGACCCUCGAGUCGGGGGAAUUGGGUUGUCUGGAGAUUCAUAUCAAAGCUGGGCCACCAAUGGAUGUGACCUUGCUCUCACUUUGCUAGACAACCGUCUUCUUCCACUUUCUUUCAUUCCCCUCCCUUUACUGCAUUUUAUCUCCCAUCGUGCUCCUUUUUUUCUCUUGUAAAUUUUGUAUCCCUCGCCCGUGCCUGAGAGCUCUCCGCAGGCGGUUGGGAGUGCGGAAUCGUUCACACAACACGGCUAGCAGCAACACCAAUGAGUGCUCAAUCUCGGCACCUUAACAACCUUCCAUAACGCAUGACUUGAACUGUUGCCAGGGGCCUCGGGCCCUCUACUUGCUCAUCAGGGUCACGAGAUCUAGGCGGAAACACCGGGAUCGGCCUUCAUGACUGUCACGUUGAACGCCUAAUUUCGGUGUGGUUGCACGCGCGGGAGCUUGUGUAUCCCUGCGGCCGAGCACAUAAGGGAUGCACAAAGUAGGUGCACAGAGGAUGUGCCUAACUUGCCGAGGUGGUGACUGGGAGGCCGGGGCCAGGGCAGCUGGAGGGCAGCUGGAAUGAUCUCUUUGUAACGACUGAGCACAAUGGACGUCCCAAAAUAACUAAAUGCAUUAUU